AUGUACGUUUGGUUUGUUAAAUUUGUAGUGAUUUUUAUUUUAAUUAAUCCAUCUUGGAACAUUCCUUUAGAAGGAGAAAUUGUUAAAACAAACGAACCGUGUUUGUUAUGCAAUUGUAAAAAAGGAUCUCUGACGUGCAACCUUCGCGUUUGUAGUGACGGCCCAGAAAAAUUAUUACCUGGUUGUUUUGUCGUACACAAACCCGAUGAUUGUUGUCCUCAAAUAUUUUGUGAUAAUAGUUAUAACGAUACGCGCGGGGUUGAACUUCGAACAAUUUCAAAACCGGAAAACGAAACAAUGAAAGAAAAUGAUUGUAUAGAAAAUGGAAACGUAUUUGCUGAAGGUUCGGCUGUGAGCAGUAACGACUCUUGCGAAUAUUGUUAUUGCAUUCGUGGCGAAAUCAAAUGUAUAAAACCUCAUUGUUUUAUUCCUUUAGAAGGUUGUAAACCAAUACAUCAUGAAUCGUCUUGUUGCCCGACACAUUACGAUUGUAAUGGAAUUUUUUAUCCGGAAGGAGAAAAAAUAUCAACGGGUAAUUUAUCAAAAUGUGAAAAUUGUUAUUGUAUAAAAGGUCAAAUUAAAUGUACGACAAUCACGUGUCCUGUAGAAUCAAAAUUUAAAAAUUGUAAACCUCAUAAUAAUAAUAAUAAUAAUAAUACUGAUGAUGAUGAUAAAUGUUGUCCGAUAAGUUUUUCAUGCGAUGAUAAACAAACGGAAAUAAAUAAAGAUGAAAAACAUAACGAUAAUAAUUUAGAAACGACGACGACGACGACAGAAUUAGAAAUUUUAAAUAAAGAAAAUUUCUUUUCAACAACGGAAAAAAUAAACGAAGAAAAAUCAACGGAAACAACAACAACGGAAAUGGAAUCGACGACAGAGACAACAACAACAAGAGAAGAAACAGAAACAACUACAAUCAUCACGCCUACACCUACUACAAAUUUUUACAUAACAAAUCCAACAAAUUAUAAAUCGUUAGAAAGUUUCGAAAUCGAAAACGAUUCGAAAACCACGGAACGUGAAAAAAUAUUAAAUGAGGAAACAAUUGCAAAAGUAUUAUUAACAUCUGAACCGGAAACAACAAUCGAUUCAUUUUCUUUAUCCACAAAUGGCGGUAAACAACAUGAAAUAAAUAAAGAAGACUCGUCGACAAAAUUAACCGUUAAUAAUGAACCGGAUACGGAUAUACAAGGAGAAAUAUUAGAAAAAAAUUCUUCUUUUGUUUCUGACGAUUAUGAAAAUUACGAUUAUAACGAACCAAAACUUCCGCCAUCUCUUCCUAAUUUAAUAAUUUAUCCAUUUGUUGCUGCGGACGCCAUAAAAGAAGAUGAAACUAAUUUAAAAGAAUCGUUAAUAAUAAAUUAUCAAAAAAAUUUUUUUAUUCCCUCGAUAAAAACAGAAGGUGGAUUCGUACCGAAAAAUCCGACAUUUUUAGAUUUUACUUACGGACAAAAUGAUAAAAUUGAUAACAACGGUUCUGAAAUUCUCACGGUUGAACCACCAACGACUAAAUUAAUUAGUAGCGAUUUCACACCGGAUCCAUUCAUGGACGUUAAACCACCUAAUCUUUCUCCGGUUGAAAAUUUUAAUUUAUAUCAACCAAAUAGAUUAAUAACGAAACCCGUUACGGUCACGUAUAAAAACGCUGUCGUCAAUUAUUAUCCGCCAUUCGUGGUCGAACCUUUAAAAGAAACAAGAACGAGCUCGGAAUUAAAUAUGGGUGGAAAAAACGAGUUGGAAUCCUUUGUUGUAUCGGAAAAAAAUGGCGGCGAAACGUCGACGGAAAUAACCGUUGAUAAUGGGAAAAAUGAUAAGAAAUUAUUUAUCGGAAAUUAUUUGAAAUUAGCCGGAUGUAAUAUUUAUGGAAGAAUGUAUAGAUCCGUGCCUGGAAUGCGUUUGUGCUGA